GUAGCUAACAAACACGGCUGUGGGUUAGCCACUUCCGGGGCGUUGAUUUCUUUACACAAGGUUCCACGAGUGGACCGGCGAACAUCAGCAGUACAAGUAUAGCCGCCCGAGCGGCAUACGCUAUAAGACAAAUGAAAGCCCACAAGACUAAGAGUUCCGCUUUGAAAAAAUGUGUAAAAAUAUGACUAUUUUUACAGUUAUAUCAUCAAUAUGUAUUUUUUUGUGAAAUCACAAAUAUUUGAAAAUUAAAAAAAAGUUCGCCAACUAUUUUGGUGACGUUGUGACGUCAGAGUUGAAAGUUCAAGCUAAUGUUAAGCAACAUGGUUGUGUAAACGCUGUGAGCAGAGCGUCACUGACAGCAUCCUUAGUGGUGAACUUGUGCUACUUUUGAUUAAUAUUAAUAGCCUAAUAAACAAACAUGUUGCUAGCUUCGAUAAGGACAACGAUAUUAAACGGUUGUAGACGAGCCGGAGGGGGAAAUCGACACAGUAACGGUGCACAGUUACGAUACUGGCUGGUGAGAAGGGGCCACAGCACCAUCACAGCCGAGGCAGGAGCUUCAUCCUCGCCGGCAGCAGCAGUCAGUGUCCCCAAUGCAUCCACAAACAGGAUAGUAGGUCGCUGGUUACUAGGCUGUAGUGGCCUUGUGGUGGGUGCUGUUGUCCUUGGUGGCGUUACUAGAUUAACAGAAUCCGGUCUUUCCAUGGUGGACUGGCACCUGGUGAGAGAGAUGAAACCCCCUCAGUCAGAGGCAGAAUGGCAGGCGGAGUUCUCCAAGUACCAACAGUUUCCUGAAUUCAAGAUAAUGAAUCAUGACAUGACUCUGUCAGAGUUCAAGUUCAUCUUCUACAUGGAGUGGGGUCACCGUAUGUGGGGCAGGCUGGUGGGACUGGCCUACAUUCUCCCCACUGUGUACUUCUGGAGGAAAGGCUACUUCACUCGUUCCAUGAAGGGGAAAGUGUUGGGUCUUUGUGGAUUUGUCUUCUUCCAGGGUUUGUUGGGUUGGUACAUGGUCAAAAGUGGUCUGGAGGAGAAACCAGAGUCCCACGACAUUCCGAGGGUCAGCCAGUAUCGACUAAGUGCUCACCUUGGUUCUGCUUUACUCCUUUACUGUGCCAGCCUGUGGACCGGCCUCACGCUAAUGCUGCCUGCACACAAGUUGGCAGAAACCAAACGUCUCAUGCAGCUUCGGAGGUUUGCCAAAGGCACGGGUGGGCUUGUCUUCCUCACAGCUCUUUCAGGUGCUUUCGUCGCUGGAUUGGAUGCCGGCCUGGUGUACAACUCGUUCCCUAAGAUGGGAGAACGCUGGAUUCCGGAUGACCUUCUGGCCUUUUCUCCCACAUUGCAGAACUUCUUUGAAAACCCCACAACUGUUCAGUUUGACCACAGGAUCUUGGCAAUCACCUCUUUGACAGCCAUCACUGGGCUCUAUCUCUUCUCCAGAAGGAUGGUUCUUCCUAGGAGAGCUAAGAUAGCCAUCAGCCUCCUAGCAGCAAUGGCAUACGGACAGGUUGCACUGGGAAUCAGCACCUUGUUACUGUAUGUGCCCACUCCGCUGGCAGCGACCCACCAGUCUGGAUCUGUGGCGCUUCUCUCACUCGCCAUUUGGGUUCUAGCCGAGCUCAGAAAAAUGCCCAAAUAAUGUUUGCGGCCUCUCCAAACACAUACUCACAUUCAUGUACCAGUGUGGACAGCCAUCCGGUUUCCGAACGAACUGCUCUAUGUCCUGAGCCACUGCCGCAACGUAAAUAUUUUUUUUAAAUGCAAAUUUAAUCACUAAAUUACUAUGUCUACUACACUCUGCCUUCAAGCUGAGCUGGAUUUUACUGUAUAAAGCGUAUAUUUAAGUUGUGUACUAAAUGUUAACAUGGUGAUGAUACAUUAUGCAGAAAAAUGUCCUUGUACGACUUUAAUAAAAUCAUGUACAGUCAGUAUGCAUAGUAACUGAUUUUAUUAUCUCUGUACAAAAUAUACAUAUUUUCAUUAUGUAAUGUAACUAGUUAAGAGGCUCGCUAACAGAAGUCGGAACAACAGGUUAGUUGUCAGUACUCUAGACAGAUUACAUGCGGGGGAAUAAAAGGGCCUGACUUGUGGGAGCUGAAGACUGGCGAGGAGCAAUCAGAUGUAAAUAGAAUAAAAAUGGAUUAUUAUGAUUCUA